CCUCGCGAGGUUGCGUUUCGGUUAAGAAAUGAUAUUGCUCGUUUAGGUAGAUAGUGCAAUUGGUCCUUUCUUUCCUGACUACUUACCUUUCCAUGUUCUUUGUUUCCCCUUCACCGGUCUCUAGACGCAGAAUAGCCUGUGCAGUGUGCUCAGGCGGCGGAACCCUCAUCCAGAUGGCCGCUGCGCGUCGUGCCAAACCAAAAGUGCCCAAGAUCCUUCGCUAUCUUUCUCUUUUGCUCUUGUUUAACCCAGCUACUGCCGUAAGACGGUGCUACCACCCUAACACCGAUGAGGCGGUUGAUGAGUUCCCCUGCGAUCCCGAUGCAGAGAAUAGCCCCUGCUGUGGAGGGGGCCAGGCGCCAUGUGCCUCUCCAACAGAUCAUGUAAGGGACCAAAGGAGAACAUAAUCAGAGACUCGUGUACGGAUCAGUCCUGGGGAUCGCUCGAUUGCCCGCUCUACUGUUAUCUGACUCCAAACAUCGGGCCCGACCUGAUAUCCUGCGCCAACGUAACUCGAAGGGACACAUCGUUCUGUUGCGACGGUACAGUCGACUGCUGCAACACGGGCCUUGGGCGGUUCGAACUGUUGCCCUCGAAUCCUGAAGUAUGGGCAACUUGGGACAACACAAAGUCCCAAUUCGUCGUCGCGAAGCCUCUCUCGCCGGCAACAGCAGUGACUACGUCUUCCUUUUCCACGUCCACAACAUCGACUACAGCCAUGCAGAUGUCCACGAUCGCCGCAAACACCGCAACCAGUCCUUCGGCGCCGCCGCCAGCCCAGACCGCGCCGGGUGGUUCCGGUCAAGCUCACCUGUCCGGAUUGUCGUCGGCCGCGCAAGCGGGCAUCGGGGUUGGCAUCUCCGUCAGCGCGAUCCUCCUCGGCCUCAUCGCUUAUUUGCUAUGGAAGUUGUACCGGAACAAGGUCCAGGGGCAACAACAAAAUCAACCAUACAACCCAUGUCAAUUUUCUUCGCAGCCGGAAAUUCACCCCUAUCCCAAAGAAUUGCCUUGCCAAGAGCAGCGCACUGAGCUGGAUGGACUGCGAGAGCCGACUGAGUUGCCGGGAGCUGUAAAUAUGGUAUCACGAGGUAGUGAUAAGAGCGUAUGAUAUGGGGAUAUCUUGUGUGGGCAACCUGUAUUUGAGAAAGUGAGGUUAGCCCGUCUCAGGGAGGCCGAUGGCGGGCCUCUGCUUGGGACGACCAUAGAUUGUAUCCGCGGUGUUUACCCCGUAGACUUGUCUUGAAUGCAACCAGUUACAGACCUGAC